AUGACUCGAGAGAGUGUCGAGAUAUCCGAGACGUAUAGUCAAAGUUGCCCGAGACGUAUCGCCGAGGCGUACGGUCCGAAUUGCCCGAUAGACUGCCGAACACGUUUUGACUCAAACCCAAAAAUUAGGGUUCCGUUUUAUAGCAACAAGGCUCCGUCGUUGUAUGUAAUCGGAAAGUUUACGAUUCAGAUUGAGAACGGGACUGGAGUGAAAGACGUUGAGGCUGAUUCCCAAAGAACAUUAAUGGACUUAGAAACUGAACAUUUGAUAGCAAGGCUUAAUGCUCAAAGUGAAUAUAUGGAUAAGAAUGAGGAAGAUUGUGGUAUAGAUGUAGAAAUUGAUGGGACUGAGGAGGAAGAGACAGAAAUGCAUGGAACAGAUCAAAGUGAAACUCAAUCAACAACUCAAGCAACUCAAGCAGCUCCAAAUGCUCCACGGAAGAGAAAGUUAACUUCAAAGGUGUGGAAAGAUAUUGUGUCAGUUGGGGUUGAAGAAGAUGGCAAAGAAAGAGGCAAGUGCAUCCACUGUGGAGCCAAGUUGGUGAUCAAUACUAAAACACAUGGGACUAAGAGCUUGAUUCGUCAUUUGGAGAAGUGUCCAAAGAAACCAAGGAAUGAAGAUAGGCCUCCAUAUGAUCAUCAGAUUAACCGUGAGAUGACAAGUGAGAUCAUCAUUUACCAUGAUUUGCCAUUUCGCUAUCCUGACUAUGAGAAAGUUAGAGCAAGAGACUUGUAUCUCAAUCCCGAGUGUCAACCAAUUUGUAGACAGACUGCUGCAGCGGAUGUGUAUAGGAAGUAUGAGAUGGAAAAGGUCAAGCUGAAAGAAGUACUUGCAAACCAACAUGGGCGUGUCUGUUUCACUUCAGACUUAUGGACAGCAAAAGGUACAGUUAUGAGUUAUAUUUGCUUGACUGCGCACUACAUUGAUGAAAACUGGCACUUGAAUAGCAAGAUUUUGGCUUUCUGUGAACUUAAAUCUCCUCACACUGGUGAAGAAAUCUCUAACAAGAUUCUGGAAUGUAUGAAAGAAUGGGGAUUGGAGAAAAAGGUAUUUUCUAUUACCUUAGAUAAUGCAACAAACAACAAUAGUAUGCUGAACAUCCUCAAGGGUCAACUUCAGAUGAUUAGUGGUAGUGGUUUAUUAUGUGAUGGGAAAUUUAUGCAUGUUAGAUGCUGUGCCCAUAUUCUGAAUCUGAUAGUGAAGAAAGGUUUAGAUCUAGCAAAAGAUGUUCUGCACAAAAUCAGAGAGAGUGUGAUAUAUGUUAAAGCAUCUUCAAAGAGAAGAGACGCUUUUGCUGCAUGUGUUGAGAGAGUAAAGAUUAAGAGUGGAGCAGGGUUAUCACAGGAUGUUUCUACCAGAUGGAACUCCACAUAUGAGAUGCUUGUAAGAGCUUUAAAGUUUAAAGAAGCAUUUGUCAGCUUGAAGUGGUUUGACAGCAACUACAAGACUUUGCCUUCUGAUGAUGAAUGGAAGCGUGGAGAGAAAAUCUGUGAGUUGUUGAAGCCGUUUAGUGAUAUCACGACACACUUUUCAGGUUCUAAGUAUCCUACUUCUAAUGUCUACUUUACACAAGUGUGGAGAAUUGAACUGUUGCUGAGGAAAUUUGCACUUUGUGAUGAUGAAGAUGUGGCAAAACUGGCUCAGGAUAUGCAGAUUAUGUUUACCAAGUAUUGGGAGGAUUAUAGUCUUAUUUUGGCAAUGGGAGCUGUUUUAGACCCAAGAAUGAAACUGCAAAUGCUUGAAGUAGCUUAUGAAAGAAUUGAUCCAACUACUUCUGCAUCGAAAAUCAAAAAGCUUAAAGACAAUUUGGAGAUGCUCUAUGAAGAUUAUAAGGCUAAGUCUAGGACUUGUUCUUCAAGUAUUUCUGUAACUCCAAAUCCGCAUGAUUGGGUCAAUGAAUCUCCACUUGAUGAUGAUUAUGACAAUGAUCUUUUUGAGCUUGAAAAAAGCAUCGGAGUUGGAGUAGGCAAGACAAAGACACAUCUGGAUAUCUAUUUAGAAGAGCCAAGAUUGGAGAGAAAGUCUUUUCCAAAAUUGGAUGUUUUGUCCUUUUGGAAGGACAACCAGCAUCGACUUGGGGAAUUAGCCUCUUUGGCUUGUGAAAUACUAAGCAUUCCCAUCACUACANACUUGAAUAGCAAGAUUUUGGCUUUCUGUGAACUUAAAUCUCCUCACACUGGUGAAGAAAUCUCUAACAAGAUUCUGGAAUGUAACAUAGAGAACAACUAUGACAUUGGCACAACAGAAGAUGCUACAAAGAUAGUGAGUACUUCCGGAGCAGAAUGUUCAAGAUCAGGAGAUUCUAUCAUGCAUUGA